AUGCGACCACAGACUCUCCGGCCAUGGCUGCACAUCUCAGCACUACGUAGGAUAUCUACACCCAUCCGCCGCACCUACGCCGUCCAAGCACCAGGCGCACCCACCCUGCAAGUCUUCAACGACACAGUCAAAUACCUACAAAAAGAGCGCGCAGCCCUCAAUGUUGACGAGUCUCGUGCCUCAAGCUACCUCAAAGACGAAGUCGCCCGCCGCCUGGUCGACCGCCUCCUCGACAUCGACCGCUCGUUCCCCCAAGUCCUCGACCUGGGCGCCAACAGCUGCCACAUCGCCCGCGCACUCUCCGAACCACCACUCCCUACAGAAGAAGACGCCUCUGCUCCCACAAAACCAAAAGUCCCCCUCUCUCAACGGAUUCACCACCUAACCUGCGCCGAGACGUCGCUGGCUACGCUCCACCGCGACGAUGACUUGCCAGAACCCGCAGUCGCACUCACGAAAACACUCUUGCCUUCUCUAGAACACCUCCCCUACGCCCCCAACACCUUCGACGCGGUCCUCUCCUCUUUGUCUUUGCACUGGAUCAACGACCUCCCCAGCACCCUCGCCUCCAUCAACAACAUCCUCAAACCCGACAGUCCCUUCAUCGCCGCCAUGUUCGGCGGCGACACCCUCUACGAACUCCGCUCGUCCUUACAACUCGCAGACCUCGAGCGUCGGGGCGGCGUCACCCCACACAUAUCGCCCUUAGCGGACGUGCGGGAUAUCGGCGGACUACUCAACCGCGCGGGGUUCAAGCUGUUGACGGUGGAUGUAGACGACAUCGUGGUGGAGUAUCCGGAUACGUUCGCGCUGAUGGCGGAUGUGCAGGCUAUGGGGGAGGGCAAUGCGGUUCUCAGAAAUGGAACGCUAAGCAGAGAAGUACUGCUGGCGAAUGAGGCAAUAUACAGGGAGUUGCAUGUAGGUGAGGAUGGGGAUAAGGGGAGAAUACCGGCGACGUUUAGAGUGAUUUAUAUGAUUGGGUGGAAGGAGGGGGAGGGCCAGCAGAAGCCGUUGGCGAGGGGGAGUGGGCAGGUUAAUAUCAAGGAUGUGCUUGGGGGAGGGGAAUUUUCGUAG